CGGGUGCGCGCGCAGGCCGGUCCCCCCCGGGCACUCACCGUCCCUUAGAGGCGCGCGAGCUGCCACAGCCGCUGACAUGUCGGUGUCCCCCGUGAAGCGGCAGAAGAUGGAGUCGGCGCUGGACCAGCUCAAGCACCACACCACGGUGGUGGCCGACACCGGGGAUUUCAACGCCAUAGAUGAAUACAAGCCCCUGGAUGCCACCACAAACCCCUCCCUGAUCCUUGCUGCGGCUCAGAUGCCGGCGUACCAGAAGCUUGUGGAUGAUGCUGUUGCCUACGGGAAGAAGCUUGGUGGGUCAGAAGAGGAGCAGAUCAAAAAUGCUUCUGACAAACUUUUUGUCUUAUUUGGAGCUGAAAUCCUGAAGAGGAUACCUGGCCGUGUGUCCACAGAAGUAGAUGCAAGGUUGUCCUUUGAUAAGGAAGGAAUGAUUCAAAGGGCCAGGCGCCUCAUCGACCUCUACAAGGAAGCUGGAGUCAGUAAAGAUCGGAUUCUCAUCAAGCUCUCUUCAACGUGGGAAGGAAUCCAGGCCGGCAGGGUUCUGGAGGCUGAGUAUGGGAUUCACUGCAACAUGACCUUGCUGUUCUCCUUUGCUCAGGCUGUUGCCUGUGCUGAAGCUGGAGUUACUCUGAUUUCCCCAUUCGUGGGACGGAUCCUGGACUGGUAUGUUGCAAAUGGAGACAAGAAAACCUACGAGCCUUCAGAGGAUCCAGGAGUGAAGAGUGUCACCAAGAUCUAUAACUACUACAAAAAGUUUGGCUACAAAACCAUCGUGAUGGGUGCCUCGUUUCGCAACACGGGCCAGAUCAAAGCGCUCACAGGCUGUGACUAUCUCACCAUCUCACCCAAACUCCUGGCAGAGCUCAGCAAAGAGCAUGUCAAGUUAACUCCCACACUCAGUGUCAAAGAGGCUCAGGCAUGUGAUCUUGAAAAGAUCCACCUGGAUGAGAAGGCAUUCCGCUGGCACCACAACGAAGACCAAAUGGCUGUGGAAAAGCUCUCCGAUGGGAUCAGGAGAUUUGCUGCAGAUGCAGUUAAGCUGGAGAGGAUGUUAAAGGAGCGAAUGUUCAGCACUGAAAAUGGAAAAUAAAAGAAGAAAAAAAUAAUAAUCACCAUUUCCCUGAGUGCUCUAAACUGAGGUGGAUCACCUGAGGUUCAGUGGAUGUACAAAUGUCUUACUGUAAAAGUAUCAUGCUGUGUAUGGAUAGAUUUCUGUAUCAUGCUUUUUUUUUAUCAAUUUGCAAAGGGACAAGUGGAAUUUCAAAUUUUUGUGGCACUUUUGUCAAUACAUGCAAAUUAAAAACUACUUGCCUUGUAA